AGCAUCCAUGAUUCCAAAAUUAAUGGAAUUCAGAUCAUUAAUCAAUAUUUUUAGAGCUAACAGCACAUGCCUUUGUUCUUCCCCACACCGUCAAUGGCGCUGCUCUAAUCUUCUUUAUAGUCACCAGCUUUCAAUGCAAUUUCCUCACCCACUCUCCUUCCUCAUAUAAACACUUCACUACUGGUGCAGCAGAUAUUCAAAUUGAUUUUAAAUCACUUACAAUGAUGAGCAGAUUGUUGGCGAUUUGCAGCAUUAUGCUGCUGGUUACUUCAAUACACGCGAAUGCAAGCCAAUCCACCGAUCUCGCGGCGGUCUCGUCGAUCAGAGAUGCGAUGAGCGGCUCGAUCGCCACCGCGUGGACCGGUACGGACUGCUGCACGUGGCCGGGGAUCGUCUGCCAUCCGGAGACGCUCCGAGUAACCGACAUCGUCCUCCGCGCCGGCGACUCUCCGAGCUCCGAUCUACAGAGCGAGAAGCUAGAUCUGACCAUCGAUUUGACCGGCCUCAUCUCCGACUCACUCUGCCAGCUCGAUCAGCUCAACACGCUCAUCGUCACCGACUGGAACCGGAUCUCCGGCGGGAUUCCUUCCUGCAUCACCUCUCUCUCCCGCCUCCGCAUCCUCGAUCUCUCCGGAAACAAAAUCUCCGGUGAAAUCCCCGCCGACAUCGGGAAGCUGAGCCAGCUCGUGGUGCUGAAUCUCGCGGAUAACGAGAUCACAGGGUCGAUUCCCCCUUCCGUCGCCGGCCUCAGCAAUGUGAAGCUUCUCGAUCUCAGCAACAACAAGCUCUCCGGCGAGAUUCCGUCGGAGUUCGGGAAAAUGAGUAUGCUAAGCCGCGCGAUCCUGAGCGGGAACGAGCUAAGCGGUUCGAUUCCAGAUUCGUGCGCCGGUCUAUCCAGGAUGGCUGAUCUGGAUCUGUCGGCGAAUCAGAUAUCCGGUUCGAUUCCGGAUUGGAUCGGAGCGAUGCCGGUUCUGUCUUGCCUGAAUUUGAACUCGAAUCAGCUUUCCGGUGAGAUUCCGGCGAGUUUGUUCGGUAACAAAGGUUUGAGUCACGUGGAUUUAAGCCGGAAUUCGUUGGAAGGGACGGUGCCGGAUAGUUUUAGCGCGGAAAAUUACUAUUUAAGUUUGAAUUUGUCGUAUAAUAAGUUGAGCGGUGAAAUUCCCAAGUCCAUGCAGUUGGUUAAGUAUAUGGGAGCAUUGGAUUUGGAGGGCAACAAUUUUGAUGCCUAGGCCCCACCUCAUCUCCUUCAACGAAUGUAUCAUCUCAUGUUUUCAUUUUUCUUCUAUUUAUAUUUUAAAUUGUUGUGCGAA